AUGGAAGAUGUAAAAGAAAAUAAUAAAAAAGAAGAAUAUCUAGUAAAAGGAAAAUUUACACAAAAAUACGAUGAAAUAGAAAAAAUGAAAGAACACAAGUCAAUAAAGGAAAUGACAAAUGAAGAAUUUUUGUCACAGUUUAAAAACUUACCAGAAAUAAAAGAAUUUAAAGACCUAUUAAUAGAAAACAAAGGAAUAUUUGUUACAUCAGAAAAAGAUAUGGAACAAGUACCACAAAAUAUUGCAGAAUUUUCAAUACCAUUUAAGGAAGGAAUGCGACCAAAAGAUAUGGAUAUAAAUGAACAAGAAAAGAAAGAUGUGAAUAUACAAGAAUCUUUAACCAAAUGGUUACAAAAUCAAAUAAAAGCAGGAUAUAUAAUGAAAGUAGAAAGAGGAAAUAAAUUAGGAAUAGAACAAGUAGAAUUUGCAUGUAAUCUAAUACAUGUAGAAAAGAAAGGAAAAAAGGAGUUACGACAUUGUCAAAAUAUGACUAGA